GUUAAACUUGUUGGUUCUAAUAGGUUUAGUUUGCAAACGGUAGUUUCGUUCCGAGUGGUAGGUUCGGUUCAACACUUCCCACCAACUCGAUCUUUGCAUUCGAAACUCGUGGUAUAGACCUUCACCCGAACCCGAAAACCUACCGAACCUAUUCGACAUCCGGUCUGUUCUGUUUUGUUUUGCAAAAAAAGCUAUUGUCGUUGUGUGCAUAUUAUUUCCCAUCCUAGACUACUCCAGACAGCCUCAUGCUCCCAUACAGCACUCUCCAAUGGCUGAGGACACACAUUGCUCUCUUGCCCCAUCGCAGAGCGGGAUCGUUUUAAUGCUCGGUAGUACUCACACAGAGAUCAAACAUUGUAUGGUCGUGUGUGUAACUAUACACCCGACUUCCGAUCGCGCCCUAUCACACUACACAAAUCCGUGCAGAGCGAUCAGUCGCGUUCAAACUUCGCUUCAAACGGCAACAACUUGCAGAGUGUUGAUAUAGCUCCAAACGGUUCUCCAAACGGUUCUGCAAACUCACUUCACCAACUAUCGUACAACGUGGGCUGCUUUGUUCAGUGUUUGUUUUUGGCUAGUUGCGUUUUCCAUGGAUUUCAGUAUGAUCCUCGGCCCUGUAGAAGAGAUUGCCUCGGAGUAUCUGUACGUGCUGGUUGCUGCGAAUGAUGUUGUGGCACACAUCGAUUGGAUGUAUGGGAUAUACCAAACAUGGACGGGCACACAUUUUCACGCCAACCUGUACUUACCACCAGAGUAUUGGCAGUUUUAUCGGGACAAAAUCAACUACGUAAACCAAACCUGGUCCUCGCUGAGCGCUGUGGUUGCCGAAAAUGAUUGUCCGGAGAUGAGAGAGCUGCUAAGACCACUCGACGAUCGUCGGCUUGCUUGGCAGGUGACGAAAAUGUUUCUCAAUGAUAUACUUGAAGCUUCGGAACAUGGAUGA